UCAUAUGCCAACAGUAUGAUAAUAGUCAGAGAGUGAAUUAUAGUGAUGGGCGAUUCCGAGUCAGGAGUAUUCGAUCCUUCGAUUCCGAAUGGAAUCGUACUCGUAUCGAAAGAGAAGUAGGAAUCGUUUGAAACAAUUCCGAAUUAAACCACACCCAACCACACCUUUUAAUAUUAAUAAUAGUUUUAAAACCAGUAGUUAAUACCUUAAUUAUUACUGUAAUUGAUACCACGUGGCUUUGCGCAUGCACAGAUGUAGUCUCGGAAUCGGUAUUCGAUUCCAUUGAUUCCAGUCUCAGAAGUAUUUAGAAUUGGAAUCGAAUGCAAAUUCCUGGAUUCGCCCAUCACUAGUGAAUUAUGCCAGCAUAAUGAUAAUGCCAGCAUAUGGGAUCUGAAGCUAAUAAUAAUAAUUACAAUUGAAUAUGCAAUAAUAAUUCAGUGGGAUGAAUAUCAUUAUUAUUUGAGUAGGAUCAUCCCACCAUAUCCCACAAACACAAUAUCAAAGCAGUCACAUGUGUGUUCCACUAAUGUUACAUGAAUUCCUUCUAACUCUCCUAUACUGACCAUGGCUUUAUCUAAAGGACCAUUGGAGCCACUAUGCAGGGCUGUGAAUAUACCAAAAGUCACUCCAGUACUACAAGGGAGCAGUUGUAUAGCAGCUAUUGACUUUGGUACCUCAUCACUAUCAGUAGCAUACACCACUCCAACUGAUGGACAGGUCAAACUAGUACCACUACACAGUACUUAUGAGAGGGUACCUAAUGCUAUACUGAUAUUCAAGGACAAGGAGAACCAGCAAUGUGGUGAAGUCACUGGGAUUGGAUACAAAGCACAGAGCAUUUACAGCACAAAGAAAGAAACUCAAAAUUACAUUUAUUUUGAGCGAAUAAAGACCUUACUGGAGAGAGAUACAGAAAUAGAUCGUACUACUCAAGUCUCUUCAUUCACUGGUGGUUCUUAUUAUCUCAUUGAAGUUAUAGCUUUUAUACUAACACACCUCAAGGAGAAGCUACUCACUGAUCAUCUGAAGAGAAACUACAAGUCAAGUGAUUUUGAUUGGGUCAUUACUGUUCCUGCUAUAUGGAAAGCAAGAGCAAGAAGAAUGAUGAGAGAAGCUGCUUAUAUGGCUGGUCUCACUUCUGAUGCUCCUGGUAUAACAAGGUUCACUCCAGUUGGUUCCCCUUUACCACGUCCAGAGGAGGUUAAUCCUGAGAAGCUAUCAUUAGCUCUAGAACCAGAAGUAGCUGCUAUAGCUGCACAGCAUCAGUCAGAAGUAUCAGGAACACCUCCAGAGAGAUAUAUGGUAGUUGAUAUAGGAGGAGGUACAGUUGAUAUUACUGUACAUGAUAAGAGUAAUGGGAGAAUUAGUGUAGUACUACUACCAAUGGGUAACACCUGGGGAGGUACUACUGUCAAUGAAGCACUGUCAAUGAUACUGGAAGAGGUAGUGAAGGAUAAAGGUUUCCAGUCUUUCUUAGCUUCAGAUCCAACUCGUGCUAAAGCAACUCUGAAUAAAUUUUUCUAUGGAGAAUUUGAAGAACAGAAGAAAACAUUCGGUGACAAACCAAAAGGCACUAACGAAAUGGUGCUGACCUUACCUCUGGCCUUUGAAUCAUUCUAUGGUACUAAACUUCGUGAAUUAAAGAAGAUGGACAUGCAUUAUGAUCCUGGAGAUGGUUCAUUAGAAAUAAACUAUUGUCAGUUAGAAGAGAAGGUAUUCAAGUCAACAGUUGAUAAGAUCAUUGAGUGUGUUAGAAAAGCAUUUCAUGAUCUGAAGUCUGAUGGAAUCGAUACAGUUUAUCUGGUAGGAGGGUUUGGAGGGUGUAGGUUUAUUAGUCAAAGGAUAAAAGAAGCUAUCGCUGAGCAUCAUGGCAUGCUUUAUGAUAAUAUAGUGUGUCCUGUACAACCAGGUCUUGCUGUAGUAACAGGAGCAGUAAUGUGGAGGAAAGACCCUAAUAUAAUCCAAUCACGUGUUGCUGAUGCUACCUAUGGGACAAGUGCUUCAAUAGCAUUCAACCCAUCAAUACAUGAUGAACACUACAAACGUGUAAAUGAAGAAGGUGUACAACGCUGUGGCAAUGUAUUCGAGGUAUUUGUACUCAAAGGAGAAGAGAUAAAGAAUGAAAUAUAUAAGGCAUCAUUUAUACCUUCUUAUCAAAGGUGGACACAACAACAUAUUCCUAUAUACUGUACAACAGAUGAUGGAGUUCAGUAUAUAGUAGAUAAAGAAGGUAAACUAACAGUACAUAAGAUUGGUGAGCUAAUACUUGAUCUUCCUAAUCCUGAUAAUAUACCAAGGAAAGAGAGAAAAUACGAGAUAUUCAUGGAUUUCAGUGGUACGGAGAUACAAGCAAGAGCUCAGUAUAGUAUCACUGGAGAAGAAGUGAAAACAGUUUGUGACUUUCUAUCAAAACAAGACUAACAACAAUAAAGAAAAGCAAUAGUAGUUAAAAAGUAUUUUUAAAAGUAUUUACUUACUAAUACAUGUAGUAGUUAUAGCAAUUUAUUAUUUUGUCUUACAACAUUCUUAGAUCUUAAUGAAAAA